AUGGCGGGAAAGAACGCAUUCUGGAGAUCGAUGUGCGUUGUGCAUCUGAGCCACAAUCCCCAUAUUCUUGGACAGCGGCCUCCCCCACCCUGCGGCCUCCCCGUGGCCUCCCCCUCCCUGCGGCCUCCCGUGGCCUCCCCCUCCCUGCGGCCUCCCCGUGGCCUCCCCCUCCCUGCGGCCUCCCCCUCCCUGCGGCCUCCCGUGGCCUCCCCCUCCCUGCGGCCUCCCCCUCCCUGCGGCCUCCCCCUCCCCGCGGCCUCCCCCUCCCUGCGGCCUCCCCCUCCCUGCGGCCUCCCCGUGGCCUCCCCCUCUCCGUGGCCUCCCCUCCCCGUGGCUUCCCGUGGCCUCCCCCUCCCUGCGGCCUCCCCGUGGCCUCCCCCUCCCUGCGGCCUCCCCUCCCCAUGGCUUCCCCCUCCCCGUGCUUCCCACUCCCUGCGGCCUCCCCGUGGCCUCCCCCUCCCCGCAGCCUCCCAAUCCCUGUGGCUUCCCUGCGGCCUCCCCUCCCCAUGGCUUCCUCCUCCCCGUGGCAUCUCCCUCCCCGUGGCCUCCCCUCCCCGUGGCUUCCCCCUCACCGCGGCCUCCCCCUCACCCUCCCCGCGGCCUCCCCCUCACCCUCCCCGCGGCCUCACCCUCCCCGCGGCCUCCCCCUCACCCUCCCCGUGGCCUCCCCGCAGCCUUCCCCUCCCUGCGGCCUCCCCCUCCCCGUGGACUCCCCCUCCCUGCGGCCUCCCCGCGGCCUCCCCCUCCCCGUGGCCUCCCCCUCCCCAUGGCCUCCCCUCCCCGUGGCUUCCCCCUCCCCGUGGCCUCUCCCUCCCAGUGGCCUCCCCCUCCCUGCGGCCUCCCCGUGGCCUCCCCCUCCCUACGGCCUCCCCUCCCGUUGGCUUCCCCCUCCCUGCGGCCUCCCCGUGCUUCCCACUCCCUGCGGCCUCCCCGUGCUUCCCACUCCCUGCGGCCUCCCCGUGCUUCCCACUCCCUCCCCGCAGCCUCCCAAUCCAUGUGGCUUCCUGCGGCCUCCCUCCCCGUGGCUUCCCCCUCCCCGUGGCCUCUCCCUCCCCGUGGCCUCUCCCUCCCCGUGGCCUCCCCUCCCCGCGGCCUCCCCCUCACCCUCCCCGCGGCCUCCCCCUCACCCUCCCCGCGGCCUCCCCCCUCACCCUCCCCGUGGCCUCCCCGCAGCCUUCCCCUCCCUGCGGACUCCCCCUCCCCGUGGACUCCCCCUCCCUGCGGCCUCCCCGCGGCCUCCCCCUCCCUGCGGCCUCCCCUCCCCGCGGCCUCCCUGCGGCCUCCCCCUCCCUGCGGCCUCCCCUUCCCGUGGCUUCCCUGCGGCCUCCCCUCCCCGUGGCUUCCCCCUCCCCGUGGCCUCCCCUCCCUGUUGCCUCCCCUCCCCGUGGCUUCCCCCUCCCUGUGGCCUCUCCCUCCCCGUGGCCUCCCUGUGGCCUCCCCGUGGCCUCCCCCUCCCCGUGGCCUCCCUGUGGCCUCCCCGUGGCCUCCCCGUGGCCUCUCCCUCCCCGUGGCCUCCCCUCCCCAUGGCUUCCCCCUCCCUGUGGCCUCCCCCUCCCUGCGGCCGCCCCUCCCCAUGGCUUCCCCCUCCCCGUGGCCUCUCCCUCCCUGCGGUCUCCCCUCCCCGUGGCCUCCCAGUGGCCUCCCUGCGGCCUUCCCCUCCCCAUGUCCUCCCCAUGGCCUCCCCGCGGCCUCCCCCUCCCCGUGGCCUCCCCUCCCCGCGGCCUCCCCCUCCCCGCGGCCUCCCCCUCCCCGCGGCCUCCCCUCCCCGCGGCCUCCCCCCUCCCCGUGGCCUCCCAGUGGCCUCCCCCUCCCCGCGGCCUCCCCCUCCCCGCGGCCUCCCCUCCCGUGGCCUCCCCUCCCCGCGGCCUCCCCUCCCCGUGGCCUCCCCCUCCCCGUGGCCUCCCAGUGGCCUCCCCGCGGCCUCCCCCUCCCCAUGUCCUCCCCAUGGCCUCCCCGCGGCCUCCCCUCCCCGUGGCCUCCCCUCCCCGCGGCCUCCCCUCCCCCCGGCCUCCCCCUCCCCGUGGCCUCCCCUCCCAGUGGCCUCCCCCUCCCCGUGACCUCCCAGCGGCCUCCCCGGGGCCUCCCCCUCCCCGUGGCCUCCUCGUGGCCUCCCCCUCCCCGCGGCCUCCCCCUCCCCGCGGCCUCCCCCUCCCCGCGGCCUCCCCCUCCCCGCGGCCUCCCCCUCCAAGCGGCCUCCCCGGGGCCUCCCCCUCCCCGUGGCCUCCUCGUGGCCUCCUCAAUGGAUCAUUACAGACUUCUCCUGAGUAUCUGGGUCAUUCAGAGUUCCCUGCCAACCCGACACCGACCAACAGUGUGACCUCUGCGGCCACAGACGGAACCUCCUCCGGUCUCCCUGAGCGCAGCACCUCCCAACUCCAUGGGCAUCGGAGCGGUGGUGCUGCUAUAUGA